AUGGAAGCUGAAAAGCCACCCCAUUCGGUGUUCGAUACUAUACUCGUUCUCGACUUUGGCAGCCAGUACUCGCACCUGAUCAUUCGAAGAUUGAGAGAGCUCAAUGUUUACUCCGAAUUAGUGCCAUGCACGUUGAAAUGCGCUGAACUGUCGUGGAAACCUAAGGGCAUUAUUCUUUCUGGUGGCCCAUACUCUGUCUACGAGAAAGAUGCCCCACACAUUGACCCAGAAUUCCUGGAGCUUGAUGUUCCGGUUUUAGGUAUAUGCUACGGAUUACAGGAAAUCGCAUACCGUUUGGACAAAGCCAAUGUCAAUGCAGGCACUGCACGAGAGUAUGGACAUGCAGACCUUACUGCAAAAAGGCUGGACAAUCAGGGACACGUCGAUCGUUUGUUCUCCGGCAUCAAAGAUAAUGCAAAGGUGUGGAUGAGUCAUGGAGAUAAACUUGUGAAACUCCCGCAGGACUUCCAUACCAUUGCUACCACCGGAAAUUCCGAAUACGCCGGCAUUGCCCAUGAAACUAAGCCUAUCUAUGGAAUCCAAUUCCAUCCGGAAGUUACCCAUACUCCAGAUGGCAUACACUUGAUCAGAAACUUUGCGGUAGAUAUCUGUGGCGCCCAGCAGAACUGGACAAUGGCGAAGUUUGUUGAUCAAGAGAUUGCUCGCAUUCGUAAAUUGGUGGGUGAGACGGAUCACGUCUUGGGGGCAGUUAGUGGCGGAGUCGAUUCGACUGUUGCCUCAAAGCUGAUGAAGGAGGCCAUUGGCGAUCGAUUCCAUGCCGUUCUUGUGGAUAAUGGCUGCAUGCGCUUAAAUGAAUGCCAGCAGGUUCAUGCAACAUUAGGGACACAUUUGGGUAUCAACUUGACUGUUAUUGAUGCCUCGAAGCAAUUUUUGGAUGGUCUAAAGGGAGUUACGGACCCUGAGAAAAAGCGAAAGUUUAUUGGCGGCAAAUUUAUUGAUGUUUUUGAAGAAGAGGCAUUAAGGAUUGAAGCUACAGUUGAGCACACAGGUGGAAAGGUAAAGUGGUUCCUUCAGGGAACCCUCUAUCCAGAUGUUAUUGAAAGUCUUUCCUUCCGAGGCCCAAGCGCUACAAUUAAAACGCACCACAACGUCGGCGCUCUUCCAAAGAGAAUGCAAGAAGGUGCAGGCUUGAAGCUUAUUGAGCCUCUUAGAGAGCUGUUCAAGGACGAGGUUCGCCAAUUAGGAAGAGAACUCGGCAUUCAUAAUGAUCUAGUGAUGAGGCACCCAUUCCCUGGCCCCGGAAUUGCCAUCCGUGUUUUGGGAGAAGUCACCCCCGAACGUGUUGAAAUAGCUAGACAAGCCGACCACAUUUUCAUUUCCAUGAUCCGUGAGGCCGGCUUAUAUGAUAAGAUUGCUCAAGCCUACGCAGCUUUGGAUCCAACCAAGGCAGUUGGUGUUAUGGGUGACAAACGAGUCCAUGCCGAAAUGAUUGUUUUACGAGCCGUCGAGACGACCGAUUUCAUGACGUGUACAGCCUAUCCAUUCUCCCAUGAAUUCCUUUCAAGGGCUUCAACAAGGAUUAUCAACGAGGUCCAUGGUGUGUCCCGUGUUCUCUAUGACAUCUCUUCGAAGCCUCCUGCGACCAUUGAAAUGGAAUAA